AUGGUCGGCGGCAUAGUCGGCGGCAUCGCGGGCGCACUCAUCGGCGCCGCGCUCCUCACCGCCUGCGCCCUCUUCUGCCUCCGCCGCCGGCGCCUCGCCGAACAGAAGCGCCUCGUUGACGCCGAGCGUCGCCCGCAGCCCUUCGUGCGCAUGCACCUCGUCGAAGACAUGCUCGCCAACUCUACCACGCACGCGCACACCUCGCCCUCCUCGCAGGCCGGCACGCGCACCGCGGCCUCGCCCUCCCGGACCAGCAUGUCCACCACGCAGUGGUCCGCCCCGACGUCGGUGCCCUUCGCCGCCGAGCGCGCGACCGAGCCGCAAGCGCCCGUCCAAGUGCUGCCGAAACCCGAGUGGGACCCGACUACGGGCGUCCCGACGUCGCAACACCCCGACCCCCGCCGCCCGCUGCCUAUGCCCAUCGUCCCGCCUCCACCUCCGAACCAGGCAGAAGCGACGGCCCAAAGGAACCAUUACCCGCGCACGCCGAGCCUAUUCGGCACCGUAACCGCGACGACGACGGACGAGCACGUUAUGCGCCCACCGAGUUAUCAGGCGCCACCACCGCAAUACAUGUCCGGUCCCCCAAGGGCCGCGCCGGGCUUGAAACGAUGA